AUCAUGCAUCAUUUAUCUGGAAACCCUAUUGUGGUUUUAAUUCAAGGGGCUUAUGAAGAUUCAGUUGCAGUUCAUUUGGUUAUGGAACUUUGUGCAGGAGGUGAAUUGUUUGAUAGAAUUACCAAAAAAAGACAUUAUUCAGAAAGAAAAGCAGCUGAUCUUGCUAGAACUAUUGUAUCUGUGAUUGAAGCUUGUCAUUCUUUAGGUGUUAUGCAUCGUGAUCUUAAACCUGAAAACUUUCUUUUUGUUGAUGAACAUGAAGAUUUUCCUCUUAAAACCAUAGAUUUUGGAUUAUCGGUUUUCUUUAAACGAGGUGAAACUUUUGUAGAUGUGGUUGGAAGCCCUUACUAUGUUGCCCUUGAAAUUUUGCUUAAAAAUUAUGGUCCUAAAGCAGAUAUAUGGAGUUCUGGUGUGAUUCUUUACAUUCUUCUUUGUGGGGUCCCACCUUUUUGGGGAGAAUCUGAAAAUGAGAUCUUUGAAGAGAUUUUGAGGUGUAAACUCGACUUUUCCUCAGAUCCAUGGCCUAGUAUCUCUGAAAGUGCUAAAGAUUUGGUUACGAAAAUGCUUAUUAAAGACCCCAAAAGACAAAUAACAACUCAUGGUGUUCUUUCAUGGUAUAUGAAUGUUAUGUUGGAUCAGUCUUAUGCUAGCAUGGUAUAUGAAUGCUAUGUGAUUGGGCUUAGUGGAGGUAAUUCAUAUUGUAUUGUAUUUAUUCCAAAUCCCACAUUCGUUGGAUGGAGAAAAGAGUCACAAGAAUUAUCGGAGCAGGGAUUCAUUAGUCUUAAAGAAUUAUGA